CUAAGGUGUUAAAGUGUAAAGUGUGUGUAAGCAUUCACAAGCAUUCAUAACAAAAAUAUUAUUCACUUUGUGAUAACCUAUGAUAUAAAUAUACGUCAGCAAUGGAACAAAAAGAAGAGCAAGUUUUGUCUACACAAAAAAAACUUCAAGCGUCCCACGAUCCCGGUUGGAACGAUCCACCAAAAUGGGCGUUCACUCCAACACCUGCUGGAAGUACACCAACAAAGAGGUUAUUAAACAAACGUGUUGCAUUUCCUUUGAAUUCAUCUGGAGGACCUGGAGCGAGUCAACCUGGCCGAGCGCCACCUCCAGUUCUCCCACCGUUUCUGCCCGAACCAGCACGUGGGGAACUUUUGGCGACUGCACCUCAUGUUCCUAACAUAGAUCCUUCAACCAUGAGAGCAGAACUUGAAAAAAGAGCGUUGGAUUUCGAUAAGCGGCAAUGUCUACAAGACAUUCUCUAUAAUUUCAAGAUGGUCAUUGAUGACCAACCCAGUAGCUGUGAUAAGAUUGAGGAGGUCAGAAGACGUUUGGAUAUCAUGAAGUCCAUGUGGAAGGAAAAUAAACUUCAUGAAGACAUGUAUGAAAAAGUAUUAAUGUUAUCUCGAGCACUAGCUCGUAAGGACAUUGAAGAAGCUGAUAAAAUCCAUGUUGAUUUAAUGACGAAUUAUCCGGCACACUGUACCGCGUGGAUUUCUGCUAUAAGAUAUUUGAUUUUGGGAUUGAAAGAAAAAAAUUUAACUGCUCAGGAUGAUUCUACUGAUAAGUCUGAACCUACGUUAUCAAAACCUACGGAUUUAAAUUAAGUAAAUAAAUUAUUAAGUUAUGAUACCGAAUAAAUAUUUAAAUAAAAAAGAACAUGGUUUAAAAAA